AUGGAUGAACUACCCUUUCGGAACUGGUGUCUGAACUGCCUUCAUAGUAGUAUCGCGAACUAUGUCCCUCAUCAUCUCAGGCCCUUCCGAAUCCACUGUGCUCCCAACGAAGACGGUCACUCGUGUGGGCAGUGUUUCCAUCGAAACAUUGCCUGUGACCCGCCCUCCAUGGGAAUGCAAGGUGAUGUCUACGACUUAUGUGCGAUUCUGGAAUGGGCUGGUAAGUUCUGGUCUCAAGAAGGAAAGUUCAUCUGGAAUUUGGGGUUCCGCCUUGCUAUUUGUGAAGCCUCCAAGGAACUCUGCAUCCAGUUUGAACGUGCCGAAAUGAGCCACCGCCGCCAUCAUAUGUUGAGCGUUAUUGACUGGAACGAUACAAGCGAAGUGCAAACUGCCGAUAUCGAUAACUACCGAAGAUUCCUUGCUCAACGUCGUGGAGCGUUACCUGCUCUGACACUCCCCGCCACUGGAAUUAUGAAUCGUCAGGACUUUGUUACAUACAACCCGGAAAGACUCCUGCGCCUCUGCAGUGGAGACCCUGGCUUCUUGGUGUGGUUGGAGGCAAAGACAGCGUUCCUGAAUUGCAUCCAGCAGAGAUCCAUCUCAACCUACGGUGGCGAGGAUCGGAAGAACGGAAAGAGAAGACUGGCUCUUAUCAAGAAUGGUUUCCCCGCGGAACUGAACUGGGUUUAA